AUGAGAACGGGUGCCAGUGACAUGCCGUUGCAGCUUGAAUUUGACUACAGGUUCAGUAGAGCGAUCAAAGAACGCUUAAAAAGACAGUGCUCUACACCAUAUUCAUACUUUACUAGCUCUAGUUCAUACUACCCACACACCUUUGUAUCUGCAAGCUACUCUGACCUUCCGAAAUUACGUCCCCCAAAGACAAACAAGCUAACUAGUCAACAAGUUCGCGAGAUGAGGAAUUGGAGAGCUGUCCACGGUCAGAGUGUUCCCCAAAAAACGGUGCGCAAUAUGACGACCAAAGACAACCCAGGAACUCUCCCGAUUAAUCUAUAUGCGGUGGGCCCACCAGAUGUCCAGCCACUUGAUUUAACCAAAUUAGGAGACCACCAUUCAGUGCAACAAAUGCCACAGAAAGAAGUGACAGAGUUUCUGUACACGUCUAAUCAGAUAGUCUGUGUUAAGCAUGACAAAGGGUGCCCUGAAAACACCUUGGUUCUCGCCUGCCUACAGGAGAAUGUUAAAGUUGGCAUAAAAAAAGUGAUGGCCAAAAUUUUUGUUCAAGAUCCUUUUAACCCAAUAUGCUUUUCGGAAAAUUCAGAGAAAUACAUUGAGGUAGAUAGCAUUAUUUGUAUCUUGACGACCUACAAACAUAAUCAAGAUGUUUUGGAACUUAAGGAGGAAGAGCUGAUCCUACUUCAGGAUGAAAUUCAACAGACAAGUGAUGUCCUCACUCUUACAGAGGCGACAGAAAUUUCUGCUGAUGAACCAGAGGUGAUGCGGCAUUCAUCAAGGAGACGAAAGAGGCGUUUUGCUGAGGAUUAUCUCUACUAUGACUAA